AUGGGUCCCAUGCUGACUCAGCUACCAACUCUAACUCGUUAUCCUUUCAUGUCUCCAUGCCCAUAUGCCGUCCCUCCUAUAAAUACCCUUAUCAUUCUUGCUCCUAAACUUUGUCUGAAAAUUAACGUUAUAAACCUCAAUAAUAAAAACAUUUACUUUGCCACAUUUCCAGUUAAUCGUUUUCCUGCUCUCAUUGCAAUGGAUUCUCACUUUGCCUCGGAUUCCGCGUUCGAAUGUGUCAUUUUUGAUUUGGACGACACGUUGUAUUCUUCCAAGACUGGGAUCGGACAAGCUGUUAAGCGUAACGUUCAAGAUUUUCUGGUCGAGAAAUGCGGGUUUUCGGAAUCCGAAGCUCCAAUUGUGAAUGCAGAGUUUUUCAGGACAUAUGGAAGCUCCUUAGCUGGACUCAGGGCUUCAGGCUACAACAUUAAUCCUGAAGAUUAUCACAGUUUCGUGCACGGAAGAUUGCCCUAUGAUUUGAUCCGACCAGACCCUCGACUACGCAACCUAUUGCAGUCAAUUAAACAACGGAAAAUCAUUUUCACGAAUUCGGACAGGAUUCACGCGAUCAAAGCCCUAAAUCGUAUCGGGAUACGAGAUUGUUUCGAGAAGAUCAUAUCUUUCGAGACGAUGAACCCGAAUUUGUCGAUGUCGACACGCCCGGACGAAUUUCCUGUGGUUCUGAAGCCUUCCAUCGAAGCCAUGAAAAUUGCCAUUGACGCCGCCGAGGUUGAUCCCCGCCGUACGGUUGGGAGAUCAAUAAGAUGCAAGGGAGCAGAUUAUGCCCUGGAAUCAUUGGGAGACAUGGUACAAGUCAUCCCAGCACUAUGGGUAAAUGAGGAGGAUGACAAAGAAAGAGUUAUCCACAAAAGAGGUGAAAUGGAGUCCAUUAUUGCACCCACUCCAGUUGGUGCUUGAUAGACUUGUACAUUCACUGAGUUUGUGUGGUCUUUAGUUAUUGCUAUGUACUUUUUGUACAUUUAUGUAUGUAAUAAAUUGUAAAAUGGUGUGGCUGUAAUAAAUAAUCUUGAUAAUAACUCAUAAUCUCAGCAUUUGACCCCUUGCAUUGUACUGUACAGUCUUUUUCUUUAUUAUGUUCUCGAAAGUUGUCUCACAGGAAAAAGUUGAUGACCCUAACACUAUCUUUAUCA